AACAUUCCGCACAUGCGCAGCAGGCCCAGCAACGCAAAACUUCCUGCAAAAUAGUGCUCCCUAACAACAGACAAAGCUUGACACUGUGGAUUCAGUCGAAGAAGCUUAAAUAAAAGCGUUUCUCGUUCGCCCCUUCAAUGGGUCCGGACCCGCUAUCCCGGUGCAGAGAGUAGGCUGUGCGCGCAGACAUGUCGGCUCGCUCCGCUGCAGAGAUGGUCGACUUGCAGGAGCUGCCCGAGCUGCCGGCAAAGAAGCCGAGGCUUGAGAUCGACGGUGGACUGGAGAAGGAGCCCAGUAAUUUAGGUGAUGACAGGAGUCCAACUGCGGUGUUGUGUUCAUCAGAGCAGGAGAGCUCUUACUCUGCCUUGUCCACAGCCCAGCUUGAUCCAAGUGAUCAGGAGCAGUCUGACGUGGACAGAGCAGCGGCAACCCAAGCAUGCGGCAACUCCAUGAACUCCUAUGCACACUCUGCUGCAGACUCGACGGGGACAUCCGAAUACACCCAACAGGUUUAUCAAGGAAGCAACCCGGCAGUGACGUCCUACACCAGCCAGGUGGCCUAUCCUCCGCUGGCCCAGUCCACCGUGUACUCGGCCUUCCCCCAGACAGGCCAGACCUACGGCCUCCCACCCUUUGGUGCUAUGUGGCCAGGCAUUAAAACAGAGACAGGGCUGCCUGAGGCGCCCUCUGGUGGCCAGCCUGGGUUUCUCAGCUUCAGCACCGCAUAUACCUCAACCCAGCCAGCCCAGCUGCACUACUCAUACCAAGGCUCAAGCUUCACAACAUCCAGUGUGUACUCCAGCAUCCCGUCAGCUACGGCUGCCACCACAACCUCCUCCACAGCGGCCCACCAGGAAUUUAGCGGCUACAACUCUCUGGGCCAGAAUCAGUUCUCUCAGUACUACGCUCUGCCUCCCAGCUACGUGCCUGCCGGGCUGCCCAGCAGCGACGACCACGGCGCCGCCGCGGGAGCCGGCGGGUAUCCAGCUGUGAAGUCGGAGCAGGCCGCCUCAGCCGGUCUGCCUCCCAGAGAUGCGUCCCCACCGGAGAACCUCCCGGCAGGUGCGGCCCUUCCUACCAGCGUGGCCGCCCCCGCCGGUGCCAGAGAGCAGGACGAGGUUGGACGCAGGAACUCUGUUGGCAAAGCCAAAGGGAAGGGAAAGAGGCCUGACAGCUCCCCGCCUGCCGACGGCGACCUGGAGCGCAUUUUCCUCUGGGAUCUGGAUGAGACCAUUAUUAUAUUCCACUCGCUGCUCACCGGCUCCUACGCGCAGAAGUUUGGCAAGGACGCGGCGACGGUGCUGAACUUGGGCUUGCAGAUGGAGGAGCUGAUCUUUGAGCUGGCAGACACUCACCUUUUCUUCAAUGACCUGGAGGAAUGUGAUCAAGUCCACGUUGAGGACGUUGCCUCUGAUGACAAUGGACAGGACCUGAGUACCUACAACUUCUUGGCGGACGGCUUCAGUGGUUCCAGUGGUGGAGGGGCCUCAGGAACCACCACAGGGGUCCAGGGAGGUGUGGAGUGGAUGCGGAAACUGGCCUUCCGCUACCGCCGGCUAAAAGAGAUCUACAGUAACUUUAAAGGGAAUGUCGGAGGCCUGCUGAGUCCCAUGAAGAGGGAGCUGCUUCUACGGCUUCAGUCCGAGAUCGAGAACGUUACAGACGCGUGGCUCUGCACGGCGCUCAAGUCUCUACUGCUCAUCCAGUCCAGGGGGAAGUGUAUGAAUGUGUUGGUCACCACCACCCAGCUGGUUCCCGCUCUGGCAAAGGUGCUGCUCUACGGCCUGGGAGACGUGUUCCCCAUCGAGAACAUCUACAGUGCCACCAAGAUAGGGAAAGAGAGUUGCUUUGAGAGGAUCGUCUCUCGCUUCGGGAAGAAGGUGACGUACGUGGUGAUCGGUGACGGGCGGGACGAGGAGUUUGCGGCGAAACAGCACAAUAUGCCUUUCUGGCGGAUCUCCACUCACGGCGACCUCGUGUCCCUGCACCAAGCGCUGGAGCUGGACUUCUUGUAAAGGAGGCGGAGUCGAACGGCGCACACCAAA